AUGCCAGUGCUGGACUGGACAAACCGUGUUAAAAUUGCGGCUGGAGCAGCCAGAGGAAUAGCUUAUCUCCACGAAGACUGCAAUCCUCGGAUUAUUCACAGGGAUAUCAAGUCAGCAAACAUUCUUUUAGAUUACAACUUUGAAGCUCGAGUCUCAGAUUUUGGGCUAGCCAAAUUGGCAGUUGAUGCAAACUCACAUGUAACCACACGUAUAGUGGGAACUUUUGGAUAUGUUGCGCCUGAAUAUGUAUCAAGUGGUAAAUUGACUGAGAAGUCAGAUGUAUACUCUUUCGGAGUCAUGCUUUUGGAGCUCAUUACUGGAAGAAAGCCAGUGGAUGUAUCUCAACCAGUAGGUGAAGAGAGUCUAGUUGAAUGGGCUCGACCUUUGCUGAGUGAGGCCCUUGAUAGUGAGGAGUUUGAGAGUUUGACAGAUCCAAAUCUAGGAAAAAACUACGUUGAAAGUGAAAUGAUUUGCAUGGUUGAAGUUGCUGCUGCUUGCGUGAGAUAUUCAUCUGCCAGAAGACCUCGCAUGGGACAGGUUGUUAGAGCUUUUGAUGGUUUAGCUACGUGUGAUCUUUCAAAUGGAAUGAGAUGCUUGCUGCUUCAAAUUCUUGUCCUUGUGUUGCUGAAGCUUCCCUGGAAGGUGAUCAGGAAAACAAGGGAAUAUGCAAAGAAAAAGCUUCGUCAAAGGAAGGGAAAUGAUGAUAGAGGGAAGAAGAAGAAGAAGAAGAAGAUAGAACUGGGUUCUUAUGAAGAUGUUCUGGUCCGAAUUCACGAGCAGUCUUUCAGAGUUCAAGGAGAGAUGGCACUGAGAGAUGGUGAAGGACUCAGUUUUAGUGGUUGCAUGGAUGAAGUUGAGAAGGUGAUGGAGGAGUUUUAUGAGAAGGGAGAGUUUGGAUUUGGGAACUUCUGGGGGAGGGAAGGAGCAUGUGGAUGUGGGGUUCCUCCUACAAUAAUCAAUGAACAUCACAUUGAUGCUAAUUUUGUGAGAUAUCAAAUUCUUGAUCUGGUUGGUUCCUUAAACUAUGCAGAAACUUGCAACAUAAAUGGUUCUGAUGCUGCUCUUAAAGAUUCGUUCAGAAGAAUAUCAUGA